CUUACUUUAAUUACUUCUUUAUAUCUUCAAAAAUGGUUGCCAAGGUUCACAUUGUCAUUUACACCAUGUACCAUCACAUCUACAAGCUGGCCGUUGAGGUUCAGAAGGGUCUUGAAUCCGUUGGUGUCGAGGCCAAGAUCUUCCAAGUGGCCGAGACUUUGUCCGACGACCUUCUCAAGCAGCUCCACGCUCCUCCCAAGCCCGAUGUCCCUGUCAUCACCGUCGAUGACCUGAAGGAAGCGGACGGUGUCGUGUUUGGUAUCCCUACCCGUUUCGGUACCAUGCCCGCUCAAAUCAAGGCCUUCUUGGACAGCACCGGUGGUCUCUGGGCGAGCGGUGCUUUGGCUGGCAAGUUCGCUGGUACUUUCUUCUCCACUGCCUCUCAGCACGGUGGUCAGGAAACCACCGCCUUUACCACCAUCACCUACUUUGCUCACCACGGUAUGAUCUACGUGCCUUUCGGUUUCGCCAACGCUCAUCUCUUUGACAACAGCGAAGUCAUUGGUGGCUCCGCCUAUGGUGCCGGCACUGUCACCAACGGUGACGGUUCGCGUCAACCCUCUGAGAAGGAACUCGACAUUGCAAAGACCCAGGGUGAAAACUUUGGCAAGACUGUUGCUACCUUUGUCAAGGGCAAGGAAGCUCAGUAAACAAGUACUACACCUCAUUCAUGCUCAUCCCUCUCCACACAUAAUUUCUCUCCAUCAUACCUCUUCCACACGUUCUGUCGUGUCAAUUCAAAUAAACAAAAAAGACAACAAACUAGCUUUCAAUGUCGUUUUUAAGCUGUCG